UAGAGUCUCAUAUAAAAGAAACCGACGUCUAUAUAUCCACACACUUCUUUGCUAUUUAAAGUUUGGCACAAACUUCGAUUAUUGUUGUUCAUCAAACCUGAGUCAAUGUUUUUGUGGUGUAUUCUUUCAUGUCUCGCAACGAUCAAUACCGAUUUUCUUUUGGGACCGGGAGGUAACGAGGUUGCGGCUCUUGGGUUAACCUUUUGUACGCCAGGUAGCGGGCUCCCCGGCACCCGUUGCUAGGGAACGCCGAAAUUGUCUCCACGCUUGAAAUCCGAUACCGUAUGAGUGCCAAUGAUUGCGAGAUCAUUGAAUGCACAGAGUCGAGCACUAUUGACUGGCAACGUAAACAGAAGUUAUCUAUUCUACAUGUGAUUGAGUUAUCUUUUCUACAUGUGAUAAAGUUAUCUUUUCUACAUGUGAUAAAGUUAUCUUAAUGUUGAAUGUGGGAUUAACAUUGUAGCGGGGAGAGACACAUCUAUGAUUUCUACUCAAUCGAAUCGCGUAUCAUCAUGGGAAACUUCUGGUACCAUGGAUAGACUUUUGGUGAACACUGUGGUGACCAGCCUCCCGGAGAUAUGGAGUCCGGGUGGGACGGGUAUUCACCGGGCCAUCUUAGGCGGUAGGCUGCACCAGGUGAGAUUGCUGAUCUCCAUGAAAGCUAACGUGAACAAACGGGAUUCUGCUGGCUAUACGCCUCUUAUGGUCGCCGCCAUGUUGACGCCAGAGGAACAUGGAAUGAAGUGUAUUAAAGUGUUGCUAAAGGCAGGAGCGGAAUUGAACAUCCUGGAUUUUAUGGGACGGUCUGCGCUGGGUCUCGCUUGCCUCCACGGCAGGGAAAAGGCAGUGGAAGCACUUCUUCCGGAGGAUAAACUUGAAAAGAAUAUGCCGGACAAAAAUGGUGAUACCCCAUUGAACCUUGCCGCAUCCCAAGGGUACACCAAUAUCGUGAAGAGGCUUGUGUCAUCGUUUAAGAAGGAUUGCAUCGUGGUUGAUAAGAGGAAUAAGCAGGGAUGCACCGCUCUCCUCUUAGCCACUAAACUCGGCCACUACGAUUGCGCCAGAAUCUUGCUCGAUGAGGGGAAGGCAUCGGUAAGCUCCAGAGACAAUGACUACUUCAUGAACUCCACAGAAUGGGCCAAGUUCAGCCAGCAGAAGCUCAUUGAUGAGAUCAAGAGCAGGUCGUCCAUGUUUGUGAACGAUCCUCGGAUGAAGUCGGCAGAUCCGCGGUCCGAAUCGGUCCCGCCGCCGGCGACGUCGUCGUCAUCCCGCACCGUCCGACGUUUCAUCCCGCCUUACCACAGCUUCAACAAGGAGAUCCAAAUGAUUGGACAGUUGCGACGCCAGCAGGACCAGCUUACCCAACUCAUCCUCGCUUUCCAGGAACGCGACAAGGACCGCAAUAGCGAAUCCAGUAGCCGCUGCGGUAAUCGCCGAAAGGACAGCCGCGUUUCGAGCGCUGCGUCGGCGGCGACUGACCGCCUCGAUCCGCGUGGCAUCCAAGAACGGAACUCUCCCAACAUUCCUCUUGAUCUUGGGAUUCUAUUCAGACUGUAUACCGAACAGCAGAAGAGCAGGCCAUCACAAGCGGCUAACCGUCAUCUUCUGUUGGGGUCGAUUCCCUCGAUGAUUGAGCCGUCGGAUGGGCAUGGAAGUGCGACAGGACGACCUCCACCUGUAAGACGUCAUAAUACGUCGGUGGUCGCGACGAACAACUCGAACUCAUCUAACCUGAAGAGAAGGACGACGAUCACCAGUGUGUCCUAACCAAUGACUUCCAAAAAUCACUUUGAGUUUUGUACACAGAGGAAUUAUGCCUGAAACAGACACAUGAAAAUCGAGCAACUAAUAUUUUAUAUUUUAUUAUAUCUAUUUUGUGUGGAGCCAUCCUUUAAUUUCAGUUUAAAGGAGACAUACAUUGUAUGGUCCAUUACGUGUACAUUGUUCUCCAGUCUAUCUGUCACUAUUUGCAUUGUUGUUUUGUUCAGCUUUGAUUAAGAAAUUUACUUUCUUCUAUGAAGAACGUGCUGUAUGGAAGAAGGAAUCUAUCCUUAUAGGGGUUCUUAACUUACAACAUGCAUCUGAUAAGACAGUACUUUAAAUGUCUUAGAGUUUGGAAUUAUUGAUAACCAUGGUAACAAAAGAAUGAUGUGACAGGCCUGUAAUUGAACAACUGAUGUCAUCAUUCCCAUAUUUCAUCUGCCUCCACUUUCAUGAAGUAAAAUGCAUUUUCUUGUUUUAACUUUUUUUUUUAUUGUCGAUGAACUUUGAUGCAUUGAAAUGCGGAGGAUCGUGUCUGUAUAACAAGAUUUCGUUUUUAAGUAUGUGACUUAACGCAAUUAUUCUUUGAGUGCAAUAAUUUGCUAUGCAUGCAUUACAAUGGACACAGUAAAA